AAGAGAGAGCGUGCAGACACGACAAAACAAAAGGCCUCCCCACGUUCCGGUCGGUUGGUGACAACGACGAAUGUUUCUUUCUUCCUUUUCAAUCUCUUUUAAGUUUUCAUCAUAUCCAAUCUUCCCACAGAUAGCCUCUCUCUCUCUUUCUCUGUCUCUUCUUCACUCAACUAAUUAGCGUUUCUCCUUUCAAUAAUUUCUUUUUUUUGGGUGUGUUGGUGCUGAUAUGAGGAAACUAUGUCCAAAUUACAACCUGGAAGACGGGUUAGAAACCGUCCUGGAGGUUCCAAUGCCUGAGGAGUUGUUUGCUGCGUCCAAGACAAAACCGGGAUGGAACCAAAUGAAGUCUUACUGGUCAAAACCCACCGCCACUGCAACCGGAACCGCCACAGCCACAAACAUGACAAGACUCUUUGGUGGUCGCAACGCAGAGAUCCAGCUCCUUCUUGGAGUCGUUGGAGCUCCUUUGAUCCCUCUCCCCGUUCAGCCUGACCACCAUAACGACUACGAGAAUCCCAUCCACAAAGACAUUAAAGAUCAACCUCUCGAGAUGUCAAUGGCGCAAUACAUAGUGAAGCAAUACAUAGCGGCCGUAGGAGGCGAUAGGGCGUUAAACGCGGUGGAGAGCAUGUACGCGAUGGGAAAGGUGAGGAUGACAGCAUCAGAGUUCUGUACAGGAGAAGGAAGCUUGAACAGCAAGAUGGUGAAGGCAAGGAGUAUAAAGAGCGGAGGGGGAGAAGUGGGAGGCUUUGUGUUGUGGCAGAAGGGGAUAGAGUUAUGGUGUCUAGAGCUUGUCGUCUCAGGCUGCAAAAUCAGUGCCGGUAGUGACGCCAAAGUCGCUUGGAGACAAACUCCAUGGCAUCCUUCUCAUGCCUCUCGUGGUCCUCCUAGACCAUUGCGCCGUUUCCUCCAGGGUCUUGAUCCAAAAUCAACGGCUAAUCUGUUCGCAAGAUCUGUAUGCAUGGGAGAGAAGAAGAUAAAUGAGGAAGACUGUUUCAUACUCAAACUAGACGCAGAGCCAUCGGCGCUUAAGGCGAGAAGCAGCAGCAAUGUAGAGAUCAUACGGCACACUGUGUGGGGAUGUUUCAGCCAGAGAACAGGUCUUCUGAUUCAGCUCGAAGACUCUCACCUUCUUAGAAUCAAAGCUCAAGAUGAAAACAGCAUCUUCUGGGAGACAACAAUGGAGUCUCUGAUCCAAGACUACAGGACCAUUGAUGGUAUCCAAGUAGCACACGCUGGUAGAAGCUCGGUUUCUCUGUUUCGGUUUGGUGAGAACUCGGAUAACCACUCGAGGACUCGGAUGGAAGAGACUUGGGAGAUUGAGGAAAUGGAUUUUAACAUCAAGGGUCUGUCUAUGGAUUGCUUCUUACCGCCUUCUGAUCUCAAGAAGGAUGAUGACGAAGAAGAAGAAGUCGAAUGUGGUUUAGCUGCUAACAAUGAGAAGCUGCCUAUGAAGAUUCGGAGCGCUUCUUUGAGGAUUAGUUCCUCUAAGAUCCUAGCAAUCGUCGAAGAAGAGGAAGAUGAAUCAGAGGUCACUGAAGAGACAUAAAAGCGUGGCCCGAGUUUUCGGUUUUUGUACAUAAUUUAAUCUAUUGCAACAUCAUCGAAACAGAGGAUAUUGUUCUA